UCGGUGAAAAUUGAACUAUAAAAUUAAUAUCAGCAUCACCGUCAACCGCCGAGGUUUUUAGUAACUGUUGAAAUCAUUCAAACAGGGUUUUAUUGUUAUUGGAAUAUCUGGGUUUAGGAGAUUUCUCUUCUUUUACUUCCAUGGCUUUCUGGGGAGUUGAAGUGAAACCCGGAAAACCUUUCACUCAUAUAGCUGACAGUGCAAGAGAUAGACUUCACAUUUCCCAGGCAACUCUUGGGACUGGUACUGCCACUAAGAAAAGUGUAGUUCAGUGUAAUGUGGGAAACAAGAGUCCUGUUUUCCUAUGCUCUUUGUUUCCUGAGAAAGCAGAGUCUUGUCAAUUGAAUUUGGAAUUUCAGGAGGCUAAUGAAGUUGUGUUUUCAGUUAUUGGCCCUCAAAGUGUUCAUCUGACGGGUUACUUUUUGGCUAGUGGUGGUCGGCACUAUAAUCUUAAUGAUGAAUCAGAAUCAUUUGGAGAAGAUAUUGCCAACACUGAAACAGAAAGAUCUAUGGGCAAUAGUGAUGAAGAUAAGUAUGAUGAUAGUUUUAUUGAUGAUAGCGAUCCAAAACUCUUUCCACCCUCUCCUCUUUCCGAUGAUAAAGAAUUUGAGGAGACACCAGACAAUAGAAAACCUAAUGUGAAGGACAGCCAUAGACGACUUAAGAAGAAGUACCAAUUGAGUGAGACUGAUGAUGAUGUUGGCGCUCAAGAACAUAUGAGUGCUAAUGGUACAACAGCACUGGACAAUGAAAGUGAAGAGAUGUUGCCAAUUUCCUCUCUUUGCAAGGGUAGUCCUGCUAUAAGGAGAGGAAAAUUGGAAGCUGAAGAAAAAAAUGUUGAGAGAAAUGGUGAUAACAAUCCUGCUACUAAGAAUGGAAAAUUUGAAGCAGAAGAAAAACCUGACAAUAAAAGCUGUGAGACAAUCAACAGUGAUGCCAAGGAUGAAGAGCCUUGUUUUACUAUAAUGGAAAGAAAAGUUGAUGCUGUUGACAAUGUUGAGUCCAAAAGGCCUAACUCUGGUGAUUCUGUGCUGCCUGCUGUUGAGGCGACCCCUGAAAAUGGUGCAAAGCCAAAGAAGAAAAACAAAGCACGGUCUAAGGAAGGAAAUAUUAAUACAGAUGGUUGCUGUAAUAUCCUUGCCAAGGAUAAAGCCCAGCAAAAUGAUGCAGAAGCUGAAAAAAUGGUUCAAAAUUUGUCUGUGAGAAAUGAAGAAAAUGAAAAGACUUCUAAUUAUGAGAGCAACGCUGCUGAUCUGCCACCUGAUUCCAUGCAACCUUCUACCCAGACAGUUCCUGAAAGUGAUACAAAGCCAAAGAAGAGGAAGAGGAAAGAUCAUGCAGAGAAAAGGUUUGAAGCCAACAGUAAUUUCCAUACCAAUGUUAUCAUAGAGGAUAGUGCCCUGCAAGAUGAGGUGAAGCCCAACAGCAUGGACCGGGAUCUGGCCGUGAGAAAUGAGCAAAAUGAGAAAAAAGCCAAUGAUAAGAUUUUUGACAAUGAUGUUCAAUCAGCUGGUGAACAUCAAUCUGAGGAGAAGAAAAAGAAAAAGAAAAAGAAGAAAAGGAAAGCCAGUGAGGAUGGAAAGAUUAUGAAUAUGGAAACAACUCUGCUACCUAUGGAUGAAAAGAGUGGAUUAGUUACGGAUACUGAAAAGAGUUCAGAUAGCAAGUUAUCUCAGCUGAGGACCUUGUCUAGUGGAGUGGUAAUUGAGGAGCUAGGAAAGGGAAAAUCAGAUGGUAAAGUUGCCACUGCAGGGAAAAGGAUCAGUGUACUUUACACUGGGAAGUUAAAGGAGAGUGGACAAGUGUUUGAUUCCAGUCUUGAUGGCACUCCGUUUAAGUUUCGCUUAGGUGGGAAAGAUGUUUUGGAUGGUUUCAAUGUUGGUCUUGAAGGUAUGCGAGUUGGUGAGAAACGAAGGAUUCAUAUACCACCAUCAAUGGGUUAUGGAACAGAAGGAGAUGGUAAGAAUGUUCCACCAAACGCGGCUCUGGUGUUUGAUGUGCAAUUGGUUAAAGUCCAUAAAUGAUUUUGCUUCAUCGCCUGUGAUACUAUCCAUAUACUAUUGUGGGGUUGAAUUUUGAUUUCCAGUGCAUACUCCCUACCCAUAAUUUUUUUGUCCUGAGAAAGCUUGGUUUCUGUUAAUGCUUGUUAUAGUUGUUUAAUUUGGCUUCAAGACACGUUGAAAAGAAUAGUUCUGAUUUGAGUACCGUUCCCACUCACAAUAGUUAUGUACAAAAAAUUUGUAUCCAUAUUUGUGUAUGUUCAAGUAUACUUAUCUAAGUGGAGCCAAGCCCAUAGUCAACUUGCGCUCCCCUUAAUUCUA